UAUAGCCGAGCAUACGAAGAGAGAGAGUCAUCAUCAUCAUCUCCACGUCAGCAUUUUCAGUCGCAUGUCUCUCUCCCUUUCUUCAUUCUCAUAAAUCCCAGCGUCUGUAUCUGUUUGAGCCUGUCUAUUGCUUGUGGAAAGUCGGAGUUCUUGGAUGUUUGCUUUCUUCCAUGGAAUCAUACUCAAAGAUUUUUGAAAUCUUGGUAUAUAGAUCGUAGAAAGCUCCUGUGUGGUUUCAUGAAAUCUAAGUUGAGAGCUUCAGAAAUUUCUGCAUCAGAGUCCUCAAAUCCGAAUAGAGAGAGAGAGAACUAAAAUUCAAUCCGCUCUCUUCUAACCAAAAAAAAAAAAUGCAAGAUCCAAACACAUUUCAAUCCAUCAAGCCCAAUUUCCCCGAACAAGAGCACCUCAAAUGUCCACGUUGCGAAUCUACAAACACCAAGUUCUGCUACUACAACAACUACAACCUCUCCCAACCUCGCCAUUUCUGCAAGAACUGCCGGCGCUACUGGACUAAAGGUGGUGCCCUCCGCAACAUUCCCGUGGGCGGCGGCAGCCGCAAGAACACCAAGCGAUCGAACUCGAAACGCUCUUCCUCCUCCUCUUCUUCUUCGACCCCACAACCAAAGCCAGAACCUCCUUCCGGAAUUUUCAGCCCGUUGGGGACUGUGGAUCAAGACCAUCGAAUGCUCGACAUGACGGGUAGUUUCAGUUCUCUGUUGGCUUCGAAUGGGCAGUAUGGGAAUCUACUAGACAGCAUGAAUUCGAGUGUUUCAAGCGUUCAAAGGAUGCAAUUCGGAGAUUACCCGCAUCCAAAUUCGGAUUCGGUUGAGAACCCUCCAUUGGAUUUGGAGAAUUCGAACAACCCAGAAAAUUUCUUGGGGUUGCCAAGUGAUUCGAGCUGUUGGGGUGGUGGAAAUGGGUGGCCUGAUCUAGCUAUCUACACACCAGGUUCGAACUUUCAAUGAAAAGAGAGAAAGAAGAACACUUCUGUUUUCGAAAAGGACUUCUAUUUUCUUUCUUUUUCUUUGUUGAUUUGAAUUUGAGUUUUAGAGAUCUAAUAUAUAUAAAAUGUGAGUGAUAGAUAUAUGAAUUUGAAUGAUUUUCGGCUGUUCUUGGA